CUUGGCAGGCCCUCACCUUCUGCUGUCUGAACUGCCAGCUGCUACCCACACCAGCUACGCCAGCCACCAUGGAGAAGGCCCUCGCCCUUCUGCUCACAGCCCUCCUUGCGGCAGCCUAUGCCGCUCCUGGCCCCCGGAAUCUCUUCAUCAACCUGGAUGAGGGCGAGAUCUGCUUAAACAGCAUGCAGUGCAAGAGCAGAUGCUGCCAACACAACACGAUCCUGGGUAUUGCCCGGUGCACACACAAGGCCUGGGAAAACAGCGAGUGCUCCCCAAAGACACUGUAUGGGAUUUACUAUCGGUGUCCCUGUGAGCGGGGCCUGACCUGUGAGGGCGACAGGAGCAUCAUUGGCGCCAUCACCAACACCAACUACGGCAUCUGCCUUGACACCGGGCGCUCCAAGCAGUGAGACAGCGCCAGAAGCUGGGCCCAGGGGGGGCACCUCUCCCUCCCCUCCCCCCCCCGUCCCUCCUGAGCCAGCUGUUGGCAAUUAAAGUCCUCCCGCAACCUUG